AUGCUUGGUUCGUUGUUCAACUCCAUUUGGCCUGUACCGAUCGGUUUCCUGUUCUCCCUGUUGGUGAUAAUGGCGUGCAUUUUUCGCAGACGGAUCUUUCGUUGUUUGAAAGUCAAGCAAAGUAGCGUGGGCUCGGGAACAUACACUCAACACGGCGAAAUAAACACAGCAGUCGAAAUUCCUAUCAACACAGAUUCAGGAAUAAUAGCAAACUCGACACCUGCUUCACAGAGGACAGAACAACGAUCUGAACAAGUGAACGAAUAUCCCAUUUUGACUCUACCAAAUCCCUCCAGCACUGUAAGCAUUAUAUCGUCUCCUACAAAUGACACUUUACUUCGGGGAUUCCAUCUAAGUGCAACAAGUGAACAAGAUUCGGCUUUGGAAGAAGCACCGCCGCCUUCAUACGGCUCUCUCUUCUAUUGUCCACCACCAAAAUACGAGGAUGUAGUGGUAACGACACAGUAG